GCCAACAGCAGCGGGUAUGAGUGAGGGCGGCAGCGGCGGCGCCUCGGCGCUCGGCAUCAUCUUCCUACGCCGCACGGCCGCCAUCCUCGGCAUCUAUGCUAUCGGCUACCUGGAGCUGUCGCCUGCCUGGCUGCUGGGUGGCAUCAUCCUGUCGGUGAUGCGCGAAAAGUGGCGCCGCGAGAAGCGCAACAAGCGUGCGCUGGCGCGCGCCAUCGCGCUGAACAGCGAGCAGGUGACGCUGGCCAAGCUGCAGGACCUGCCCUCCUGGGUACAUUUCCCGGACGUUGAAAGAGCAGAAUGGCUGAACAAGAUGCUGAAGCAGAUGUGGCCGUACGUUGGUGACUACGUGAAGAACCUUCUGAAGACUCAGUUCGAGCAUAGUUUGGCCACUACCAUGUCCGGCUACAAACUUAACAACUUCAAGUUUGAGAAAAUAUAUCUGGGCGAUAUCGCUCCGCGGGUGGGCGGCGUCAAGGUUUAUUCGGACAACGUGCAGCGCUCCGAGAUCAUCAUGGACGUCGAGAUCUUCUACGCCGGCGACUCCCGCAUCGAGUGCAGCUUCAGCAGAAUGUCAGCUGGGAUCAAGGACUUCCAGCUGCACGGUGUGAUGCGGAUCGUCUACAAACCGCUCAUCAGCACCAUCCCCAUCAUUGGCGGCAUGCAGGUAUUCUUCCUCAACAACCCGGACAUCGAGUUCAACAUGCUGGGCGUGGCGGACGUGCUGGAUAUGCCCGGCCUCAGCGGCAUUCUGCGAAACGUCAUCGUCGACACCAUCGCCGCCAUGAUGGUGUUGCCGAACAAGUGGCCCAUCGUCCUCUCCAGCGAGGUGCCCACCAAGAUGGUGACGGCCUCCCAGCCCAAGGGCGUGCUGCGCCUGCGCCUGAUCGAGGGCCGUGACCUGAUGAAGAAGGACCGCAACAUCUUCGGCCAGGGCAAGUCGGACCCGUACGCCAUCAUCUACAUCGGCGCCAAGCAGUUCAAAACCAAGUACAUCCAGGACACUGUUGACCCCGUCUGGAACUACGUGUGUGAGACGCACUUGCUCGAGUUCGAUGGCAUCCAGCUGCGGCUCGAUCUUUGGGACUGGGACGCCAGCAGUCUGGCCAAGGACGAUUUCCUGGGCAGGUGCGGUCUGGACGUGGCCGACAUCGCCAAGGCCGGAUCGCAGGACGUGGUGAUGGUGCCGCUGGAGCAGGCGCGCACCGGCCGGAUCCACAUGAAGCUGGACUGGCUGGGUCUCUCCACUAACGCGGCCGACAUCAAGAAGCAACUGAAUGAAAUCGAGGACCUGUCGGCGUUCGACCACUCGGGCCUGCACUCGGCCGUGCUGACCGUGUUCGUCGACUCGGCAAAACAGCUUCCGGUAACGGCCGUGACAAGGAGGGUGACUUCGUGCAAGUACCGCACCCUGGACCCUGUCUGGGAGGAGGGCUUCAGCUUCCUCGUCAAGAACCCGCUGACGCAGACCAUGACGCUGGAGGUGGAGGACCAGAGCUCGGGCAAGUCGCUGGGCAUGCUGCAGCUGGAGGUUAAGGACCUGCUCCGCCAGCCGGAGCUGGAGGUCAGCGAGCACCCCUACAAGCUGCACGAGUCGGGCCGGCACUCCAUGGUCGUGCUCUCCAUUCAGCUGCGGGUUCUGACGCACGACAAGGGUGGCGGCCCAGGACGACGAGGCCCGCAUUCCUUCUGCCAUGCCGCAGCGGCCGGUGGCGCCCGAGCCGCCCCGACAGCCCUCAAAGCCGAGUUGCGCGUGGCCCUCGCCGCCGAACCGAGCCGUGAGUACCCGGCCUCCCCGCCGCCGCCCUCUCCGCCGCCGGCAUCUCCACCGCAGCCCAAGGCGGACGAGCCGGUGCGUCCGCCCAGCCCGGUCCGGCCAGCGCCCGCCGCCCGCAAGGAGUCGAGGCCGGAGCCGGUGCCGGCGCAGACACGGGAGGCCGUCGAGACGCUCAUCCAGGACCUGUCAGCGGACACGGCGCAGGCAGAGUCCGGACUCCGACAGCGCAAGCCAGAGAACCCGGCCGGCGCCCAUCGUCUGGGCCGGAUCCAGCUGACGCUGCGCUUCAGUGACACCCGCUCGGCGCUGGUGGUCGUCGUCCACAAAAUAUCGAGCCUGCCCAUGCAGGGAGACGACAUUCCCGAUCCGUACGUCAAGACGUACCUGCUACCUGACCGCUCCGAGGACAACAAGCGUAAAACACAGAGCUUCAAAGACAACCGCGACCCGGUGUACGACGAGGCGCUGGAGUAUCGCGGCCAGCUGAAUGAGAUCCGGGUGCGCACAUUGGAGGUUCAGGUGGUCAGUAAGAAGACCUUCGCUCGCAACCCCAUCCUUGGCAUGAAACACAUCGACCUGAGCGAUCUGGACCUGGUGGCCGGCUCCACCCAGUGGUUCGACCUGGAGCCGGAAGAGCACUUCGACUCGUAGGUGGCCGUCGGUCGCUGCGUCUCCGGGUGGC